AUGCCGGCUUCUCGUCAGAACAAAGGUCACCACCGCCGCGAGUCAGCCUCGCUCUCCUUGAGCGCCUCUGGCAGCUCUGCCAGUCGCUUCUUCACCCCGGACGAGCACGAUCGUGAUCUGACCCAGCAAUUGCACGCUGCCACAGUCGCAGAUCAGUCUCGCAGCAUGCUCGCUUCGCCCCAUCACCGUCUGCCUCGAGUACAGCCUCCCUCUGCUGAGACGACGGAGCCUGUCGUCUAUGGCAGAGCACUCGCAGAGCCAGAGUCAGCAGCCUCACCUGCACUUGCUGUGCGCCCGCCCACACGCCCCCAUCCCGAGGCAAAGUCAUCGACUGGCGAAAUCAGAUUCAAAGUCUCCAAUGAUACCCGUGGCGGUCGAGCAAUCUAUCGAGCUGGAUCGCCCGUAUCCGCUCCUGAGCCUGCCGCACGUCCUCCCAUGCCCGCUUCGCGAUUCUCGGAGGAUGACGAGCAGCCAAAGAUCUCCUUUGCCAGUCUGUCCCAACGCCGCGAAUCCCUCGUGCGCGCAGAGGACUACAUGCCCGAUCUGGCAUCACAGUAUGCCAACCGUUCUAUCGCUGUCGGCCAUGCACCCCCUCGUGCCAAUUCGAUCACCUUUGUGCCCAGUCUCGAAACUGCUCUCAGUGACGAUGGCAAGACCGACAGCCCGGAGGAGCACGAUCUCAGCAAUGGCGCACUCGAUUUUGAUCGCAUGAAGCGCUUGCUCCGUCACGAGUCACAUGCCGGUCUGCCCAUCUUUCUCAAAGAAGGCCAUCGUCUAUCCGCCAUGCCUGCAGACGAGAAGCGUGACCGUACCAUGGGCGGAAAGGCUCUGCUCAGCUCGAAGGAAUGGAAGGAAGCGCUCCAGAUCAACCACGGCGGUAUUCCACAGAAGCUCUUCAACGACGAGAAGGCCCUCAGACGCAGCUCGGUCGAUCACUACCUCGGAAUCAAGCAAGCCGGCCCUGAAGUUCUACAGGAGCAAGACGAGGCCGCUUCCUCGAUCAGACGUAUCCUGCUCGCAAUCAGCCCCAUCACUGCCAUCGUUGCUCAGCUCGCUGCUGUCUUCUAUCUCAGCAUGCGUCUUCGUUUCUUGAUCUCCGCGAGCGAAGCGACCGGUCGCCUUUAUCUCUCUGCAUGGCUUUUCUUCGCCUUCGAGCUCGUCUUUGCUCUCUUCGGAGGCGUCUAUAUGCUUCGAACUACAUACAAGCGCUGCUUCCGCAUGACUCAACGCCUCUCACUUCGCGGCGAGAUGUCUUUACCCACCGUGGACGUGCUCGUACUCUGCACAGGAGAAGAUGAUCAGCUCGCAAUGGAUGCUGCUAUUGCAGCUUGCAAGCUUGACUGGCCCGUCGACCGUCUACGCGUCUUGCUCAUCGACGAUGCUGGCUCAAUGGCACUUCAGGUGCGCGCCAACAAGUACGCUGAGCACCGCGCUCUCCACCUCACCUACCAUCGCCGCGUCAAAACGAAACCCAUGAGUCGCCGCCAUGCCAAGGCAUCAGCUAUAAACUUUGGUCUCACCGAGACACGCAUGCACGGCAGAAUCGCCGGCGAAUACGUCAUGGUCCUUUCUGCAAGUUCUUUGCCUGAUCCAAGUAUCCUGCGUGCGUCCAUCGCUCACAUGGUCCAAAAUCAGCAAAUAUCGCUCGUCACUUCCGAGACAUCCAUCUACAAUCUCUCCACACCUGUCAGCCAAUCCCUUUCGUGCUUCAUCAACAGCAUGGAGCCCGAAGAGCGUGCCUCGACGGGCUAUGUCUUGCGUCGCACAACCUUGGACAACAUUGGUGGCUUCCCUACCGGAUCGGCCUUCGAAGAUGACUGCCUCAGCAGCCUCAUCCAAGGCAAAGGUCUCACCGUACAGCAUCUCGACCAGACUCUCACACACUCUCUCGUGCCCGAAUCGUAUGCCGAGCACGUCCGCCAGCGCAUGCAGACUACCACUGGACAUCUCCGCACGGCCAAGCGACUGGGCUUCUUCGUGCGCAACGCACGCAUUGCCGACAUGACUUUUGCGCAGCGCUUCAGCAAGCUCUGCUUCGCUCUCGCGCCACUGACCUCGAUUCUCGCCCUGCUUGCGACCAUUGCGCUGCCCGUCAGUCUGUAUCUCGGACAGUUCACCGUUACCGUGCUCACAGUCGGCGAGCUCAACUUCCUUCUGCGCAGCCUCUUCGUCUCGGUCCUUGCCGAGCGCUUGCACGACUUGUGCUUUUCGCUCUCGAGCGGGCAGCCUACGAUGAGACGCAAGCUGCAAAGCUUGGCCUUUGUUGCAUCAUACGAUCUGAUAGCACUUUUCCGAGCACUCAAGCCGGCGAGCAAAGUCUACCUCAUCACACAGGACGAGUCUGUCGCACGUCAAGGUCCUAGCGAGCGUGACGUCAAGGCUCGCUUGCCGCUACACCUACGUUCGUACAACGUUCUCUUCCGAGGCUUUGCCUGGAUCCAGCUCGUCAUCUUUGCUGGCGUUCUCAGCAGCGUCAUCUAUGCCUGCGCAACCGCAAUCUCUGCCUACGCCGACGGGUCGCGGACACUCCACCAGACUGGUCUCCUGCUGCUGCUCACCGCACUGUGGCCGUCGAUGAUCUGGAUCAAUGUGCUUGCCGGCUGCUGGGCGCCCAUCUCAUAUAUCAUCUUUCCACCUACCACGCCAAGCAGAGAGCGACUGAUCCACCGUGAUCCUAUCACUGGUAUCGCGACGCCCAUCUGCAAGGCUGGCAGAGUCAGACCCCUUGCUGAACGCAAGCUUUCUGAAUACUUCGUUUGUGGUCUUUCGACUGCCUUCGUCAUUGUGACGUUUGUUCUUAGCUGCACGAAUCUAGACAUUCAGUAG